AGAAGGUCGAGUGGAGUCGGUCGUGCUUAGCUUUGAGGGAUUCCCGGAGGAGAUAUCGUUUCGAGGAGGCCAUUCGACCCGCAGGAGCCGAUCGAGAGGGAAGAUGCCGAAGGCGACGGGCCGAGUGCGACGGAAAAUGAAGUUAGGGUAGGUCAGGUCAGAUCGGAUCGUCUCGUGAGUUCUCUCGCUGAAGAGGGUGGGCCGAGGGAGACAAGCGUCGCGGUUUCACCAUGGAGUCCAUGAUGAUGUCCAACGUGUCCUGCGACGGGUGCCUGGACAGCAGCGACCGGGACUCGGACAGCAGCAGCACGAUCGUGGACCCGGUGAGCCUGGACAAGAACGAGCUCUCCCCGCAGUCGAGCAGCCCCGUGAUCCCCAGCUCCCCGGUGCCCAGCCAGAACCGCAACCGAGGGUACAAGAAGACCUACUCCUCGAUGUCCUCCUCGAGCCAGAAGUCCAGCCAGGCGUCGACCUACGGCUCGGAAAAGAUGUCCUCCUCCCUGAUUAAGCCCCCCUACUCGUACAUCGCGCUCAUCACCAUGGCGAUCCUGCAGUCGCCCCAGAAGAAGCUGACCCUGAGCGGCAUCUGCGAGUUCAUCAUGUCGCGGUUCCCCUACUACCACGACAAGUUCCCAGCCUGGCAGAACUCCAUCAGGCACAACCUCUCGCUGAACGACUGCUUCAUCAAGAUCCCACGGGAGCCGGGGAACCCGGGGAAGGGGAACUACUGGACCCUGGACCCCCUGGCCGAGGACAUGUUCGACAACGGCAGCUUCCUGAGGAGAAGGAAGCGUUACAAGCGACCGCCGCCCCAUUACGUUCUCCGAGAUCGGGCCAUCAUGGCAACCUUCGCGAUUUGCGGCGACAGGGGCACCUGCCCCCCUGGGGGCCCCGCAGGGGGAAUGGGGUACCCGGGGGCAGGAGCCUACCUGUCGCCCCCGCCUGGUCUGCCCCUGCUCGACUUCCCCCCUGGGGCCCUUGAGGCCCUGAAGCUGGGAGGGUUCCUUGAGCCCCCUGCCCCCCUUUACAAACCCGUGCCCAUCGCCGCCCCCUCGCUGGGUCAGAUCGGGCCCCCUCCCAGAGGUACUGUGCCACCUCACCCUCAUCCACAUCCUCACCCUUCUCCUGGGCCCGUUGUCGUGAAGAAACGCAGCUUCAGCAUCGAUGCUCUCAUCGGCAAACAGGUCGCCAGCGAACAGACCAUCGGGGGUCUUCUGGAUCUCAGGCGUCCUGCGGAACAUCGCGAGAUCAGGAGUCAGGCCUCCGCGUUCUCGCCUUUGCUUUAAGGAUCUGGUCUCGUACUCACGGAGAUGGCUUGUCUCGGAAUCCCUUGAUCUUCCUCAGCACCGUGACCAAGUCCCUUCCGAGGAUCCCCAUCCUCCAGCAGGGUGGGAAUGGAGGACACUUCCAGAUUUCAUGAUUUCAUGAUUUCGACCGCCUCGUUGCAUGCCUUGAACUGAACACCCACGUGGCUGCGAUUGCAAAUCCAUUUCUUUGAAUCUAGAAAUUGGUGCGUCGAAGUCGGUCACAAAGGAUGACUGUACGAAGGAGAUUAUUGAGAUUUUUAUUGUCACCUCCACGUGUCGCGAUGGUGAUUUUAGCGUAUGGAGGUACACGUUGCCAUACCUCGGUUGGGGGUGGAGGUGACACCGGUGACAUCCGAAUUUCUUGGGCGAUCUCGUUGAACCGUUACACUCCGACAUCUAGUCACGAAGAAGAGAUAAUCUUUAAGCUCGAGGCAGAGUUUAAAUGAAAUCCACUCUUUUCGAAUUAUUUGACACCCUCGCGAGGAUGUCACUGGGUCUCGCGGGUCUUGGCUUAGAAUCCUCGGAUAAUUCUCACGCGUGCGAAUUUUGGUUUCGACCGAGGCGAAGCCUUAACGUCGCGAUAUUUGUAUAAGUAAUAAUCGCAUCGUUGUAAAAAAAAAAAAAGUUUAGUGCAAUAGCGUCGACGUCGACGAGGAGUCCUUCGAGGCGACCCGCGGGGAUGCUCCGACUCCCCGCCAUUUUCUCAAAUUGAGCAAAAUCCAACCUGUCCGGCAAAAAUUGCAUUUGCCCUGCUCCGAAUGUAGAAGACAUAACCGAGGGAUGACUUUCCCCAUGACUCUUCCAAAAAGAGGUUCGAGGGGGUAGCGUGCAAUAAUCGGAAAUGGGGCAAACGCAAUCGCUAAAUUUAGGCACAGAGCCUACUACACUCCUCCCCUGUAAAUUUGCCACUUAGGCUUCUCUUCCCUAAACAUCUCUGAUUAACGAUUUACAUUUAAUUCGACGUGGAGAUUGAUUUCCGGGACGUUAAUCGCGGCUCGGUCGGAGAAACGCUCGACAUUCUGGAGGAUCCCCGCGGGUCGUUUAGCGCGCGUGUGUCGCUUAUGAAGAUUAUAUACUCCCCUGUAAAUACAGCUUUUGCGUCAACAUUGACAUAGCACUUGAUUCCUCCUAUUUUUUUUUUCUCAUUCAACCGCACGGGGCCUCCGUCGAUCGAUCGAGAUCGAUCGAACGGGGGUCGACGACGAUCGGGGGCCGGUGUAUAUAUACAUCCAGUGCCGUAGCGUAUUACUAGGUUCGGCAAACACGCUGCAAGUCGUGCGUUUAUGCUCCGCUAUGUUUGCCAGAUAUCUCGAGAAAAGUCCUCUGCCAACAAAGCUCGGCUCUACAAAGUCCCUCGUCUUUGCGUCGUCUUUUGCGCCGGUGCGAUUUCACGGGCGCGUCGCGGAUUCCGACGUUCCCCGGAGAUCCGCGUCAGACACCGGAUUGUGUAUCCUCGGCGUUAACUUUUCCCAUCCACGUAACAAUGUCGCUCGACAGUCGCUAAACAUUGCGUACAGUGGUGCGGACUUUAAGCCCCGAUUGUUCGAAAUAUUCCGCUCUGAAUUACCGCACGUGUCGACGCUCGAAUUACCGCGCGUAAUUUUCGCGGAUCUCCUGGCAACGUCACCGCGAAUCGGAGAAUGGCGAACGCGUUCUAGGUUGCUCCAUAUUAAUUCUUUCCCGAAUUCCUGAUAAUUGCCCGCUUAUAUAAAACGAUACAUUUAAAUAUCCCUUCUUUGAAUGUAUGGAACAACCCGAUACAUCUGUACUCUUUCUUCGGAUAAAAAUCGAGAUAAAAUCGACCACGUUGUUUUUCCUACGAUUUAGGCUUGACGGAGUUUUCUUUUUUUUUUUUGAGUUUCUACGGGUAGCCUUAAUUUCUCGAAAUCGCCGAGUGUCUAGCGAGCUAGUAUUGUCUGCGCAGAGACCUAUGUGUAUAUUUAAAAGAAGCGAAGAUUGUAUAUUUUAUCGGAGAGCGCGCAUCGAUAAGAGACGGAGUACCGAGUUUCUGGAUAGUCCUCGGGAUUCGAAAAUGAACCGUGAAUCGAUGGGCGCUCUUUGACGGUCUAACCGUGUAUCGACGUGUAUGUACUUUCCGGAACUUCGUGUUUUCCGCAGAGCUUAGACUUAAGCAUCACGUAGAUUAGAGUAGUCGGGCGAGAUCUACUUGUAUGAAAAAGGAGACGAGGAUAACGCGAAUUCCCGAGACGAGGAUUCGCCAUUUUCGGGGCGCCACCCCGCUGAAAAAUUCCCCACAUCCGAUUCGUCGAUUCCUCGCAAAUCGAGUUCCCGAGGUAAAUCCGAAAUGAAAAAUUGAACCGUUCACUCAAUAAUCGAGGAUCAUUUUCGUGACUUUUGUAAGAUAGAAACCUCCUACCGGUCGCUCCCCAUCCGACCUCGAAUUCCGGCCUUGCUGCGCAACGUCAUUAUUUUCGAGCUCGCGAAUGAAAUAUCUCGAGUCCCGAAUUCCUCUCGGCUUCGUAUCGAUUCCUGAUAACGCAUCGUCGAAGCUCACUUCGGGGCAAUGUGUAUGUAUGUACGUUUAGUCGUAGGCGGGGUAACCUACCACUUCACAGACUUACUUCCGUAGACGCUAGUAUAUACGUGUCAAAGUGGUAGAUUUAUAAUAAUUAAUAAUAAAGUAA